UUCGAAUUUCAACUGAUUUUUUUUUUGUCUUCAGAUUUUCAUUCGUUGUGGUUCAGAAACAAAAGACGGUGCAAACAUGACGAUUAUUUCGCUCGCAAGUUGCAUUUUGUCGGUGUUUGUGUUUCUUGUUGUGGUUGAAAGUAUUCCAAUCACGGAUACCCAAGAACCAACAACAACCCAGGCAAGUCUGGAUCAACGUAUUAUCGACCCAGUCUUGUCCAAGGCAAUAAUUUCCCAGUACAUUGAAACCCAAAUGAACCAAGAGCAACUUCACAAGCAAGACUCGACUACAGGGUCGCCAACAAAACAAGAACCCGACGAGCCAAAAACAGAUUUCUUCGGCAAGAGUGACAUUGUUGUCGUGGCUGGAAAUGAUAACACGGAAAAGAGACCAGAGAGACAAUCAGUCCCUCAUCAGCAACACGGACAAAUCAAUAGUGAAACAGGUCAUCAUCAAGCAAUUGCACCAGCGACAUCUGCUCCAGAACAAAGUCUUCUUCAAGCACUCCAAAUGUUUCUUGACGAAAUUUUCCAUGAAAAUACCAAAAGCGAGUUGAUCACUUAUCAGCGUCGUGAAACACUCGCAAAUGCCUUGGUUCAAAUCCUGGAAUUCUCCGAAUUGGGUUACAAAAUGAGCCAACAAUUCCUGGAGCGAUUAGAACAACCGAAAGACGCCUCCGUCCAAAAAAUUCAAUACAACGUCGAGGGUGCCAAUAACAUGCUGGUCGAGCCUGCGACAAAAUUCUUCAAUUUCCCCCAAGUC